UUUGGAAUUGGAAGUGCUAGUAGAUGAUAGUCUGGUUCUUGAACAAAUAAAUUGUUUCAUUGAAGCAUGUUCUUACAUGCAGAAGCUUGUGAUAAGGAUGCAAUUCAAAUAUUCUGAAGAAUUCAUGUAUCCAGAAGUAAAUCUUAAGGAACCUGCUGCUGCUAACACAUGCUCCCAUCAUCAUUUGGAGGUUGUGGAAAUUGUAGGCUUUCAUGGUCGUAAAGGUGCUGUCAAAAUUGUCACGUUCUUGAUGAAGGCUGUUGUUUCUCUUAAGGAAGUUGUGAUAAAUUCUGCCCAAUUAUUUCGUGGUGAAGUAGUGGAUGACAGUGAUGAAGAUGUGGAGGAAGAGGAGGCAAGACGGCAAGCUUUGCACGAGCUUAAACGGAUAGUGCCUGCUGCUAUAAGUUUCAGAUGCCUCUAGCUCUAGUUAAUAAUACUAGUUUACUCUGUUUGGCAAAUAUAUUGUAUGUGAUGUACAUGUCAUUGGUUUUGGAUUCACGAGGUGUAUCGUUGUGGUAUUUUGACUGUACAGCUAGCUAAGAGGUGUUCAGUGUUUUCGAAUGUAGUUCAUUUGUUAAGAGAAAGAUGGAUUUUCUUUUCUUUUUCUUGUUGGAAAACAAACAAACUUUAUUGAUAGAAA